UUGAACAUAUAUACGGCUUGAAAGUUUUGUUUCCUAUCAAUUGUUUUGUUUGUAUUAGAUUAGACGAAGCUUCUAGUGUUUUGCAUUAAUUUUAAUUUUUGUGCCACUAACAUCAAUAUACUCAACUAAACCAUUCUUUGUUUACACAAUUGUGAGGCUCGUAUACGAUAAAUUUCUGUUAACAGCACGCUAUGGACAUGCUAGGUGCAACUGAGGAUAAAAGACAAGUUCCACCAAUGCUGCAAAAGGUGCUUCGUUAUGAUGUACAAAUUACCAAGAAAUUUGUUGAACUGGCUCUCAAGACAACUGCUUUAAGAUCCUUAAGGAAUCAUGCUAAGUUUUUGGAGAUUUCCUGCCAUGGUAUUGUUUGGUUGGCCAGUUGGCUUACUUUCAUAUGGUUGUUUAACAACAAAGAAUUGUACCAGCUUCAAGUUAACAUGUUAAUUGCUCUCAUUUUGGAUAUCAUUGUUGUAGCAGUAGUAAAAGCGUUCGUACGAAGACGUCGACCUAUUCCAAUGAACAAACUUUUAGCUGUUGGACCUGACAAGUAUUCGUUCCCAUCGGGUCAUGCAAGCAGAGCGGUCAUGGUUGUCUUCAUUCUUUCAUAUUUGUACCCUGUAUCGAUCAUAUUCUUACCUCCACUAUUUGCGUGGGCUUGCGCUGUGUCAAUUUCAAGAGUUCUAUUGGAACGACAUUACAUCCUCGAUGUUAUCGGGGGAGUUGGUAUUGGACUAUUAGAGGGUUUAGUUAUGUGUUUAAUUUGGCUUUCUCAGAGUACGUCAGCUAGCCUUUUGUCCACUUUGUCGGAUGAAAAGUUAGAUGGAGGAGAGUAUCAUGUGUAAAAAUUAAAAAAAAAUUGUGUUCUUUUUCAAAGAUUUUACCAAAAAUGUAAAAGUAUUUAGUAUGUUACAAUUGGAUUUUAUAUACGAAACUGUUCUUGUUACUAUUUCUACAUAGAACAAAUGUAAAUGUAUGCAGACGUAGAGUUUUAUCUUUCUUCUUCGCUUUUGUUUUAAAG